AUGACCUCGACCACUCCCUCACCCCAGAGUGCGGGUAUCAAGCGUGCAUACCAACCCGACGACAAGUUGUCGCAAUCCCACCAAGACCUUUAUCCUCCCACAGCCUCCCCGCCCUCCAACGUAGCCGCGGCCACCUCCGCGUUUCGCAAUGUCUCAGCCUGCAAUCGAUGUCGUGUUCGGAAAAACCGCUGCGACCAGAGAUUACCCGCCUGCAGCACCUGUGAAAAAGCCAGUGUCCGAUGUGUAGGAUAUGAUGCUACCACGAAGAGAGAGAUCCCUCGAAGCUAUGUCUACUAUCUCGAGACCCGAUUGGCAUACUUCGAGCAGCUGCUGAAAGCGAAUGACAUCUCGUACAAUGCAGCUGAUGUCUACAGCGCCGAGUCCAAGGAGCUCAGUGAUAUUGCGCAAUCACCGGCUAGCACCAGAAAUUCCUGGAUAGGCCCGCAUUCCCCUCAACAUGCCUCACCACACGCUGUCAGAAAUGAAGAAUGGGAAAAGAAGCAGGAUGAUGCCGAGAACUUGAACAAGCUGGUCUCUAAUAUUGGAAUGGUCUCGGUGCAAGGUGCAUCUGAUGCUCGAUAUCUGGGUUCGACCUCAGGCAUAUCAUUUGCUCGGCUAGUUUUGGCUGCUGUCAAAAGUUCCGUAUCGACCAACAAUUCAGAGCGCGCAGGACCUAGGUCUAAUCGUCCUAUGGCCAACGUAGCUGCGUCUGGGGGCAGUUCCAUGCGAGAUUCCUAUUUUGGCCUGCAAACCAAGCCCACCAUUAAAGAAGCCCCGUUUCCCGACCGUCAAUUGGGUGCCAAACUUGUCAAUUUAUAUUUCGAACAUGCCAACCCACAAAUUCCUGUGCUUCAUCGAGGAGAGUUUUUGGAACUGUUCGAUCGGACCUACUCGACCGAGCCAGAAAAGAGGACCAGCCGAGAGCUGUACUUGCUCAAUAUAGUCUUUGCAAUCGGUGCUGGUAUUAUUUGGGGUUCCUCUGAUCCGCAGCCCAAUUCGCAGGGUCAAGGUGAGUACGCGUCCAAGAGACCGAGGCUGGCAAGUCAACAAGCUCAGCCUGAGGAAUACCAUGCUUCUGCAAUCGUAAACUUGGGUCAGUAUCUAAGCUCAAAUUCGUCCCUGGAGGGAGUGGAGCGGCCAAAUGGUGACCUAGAAGAGCUCCAGGCCGUUCUUCUACUUUGUGGCUUUGCUCUUUUAAGACCUGUUGCUCCGGGUCUUUGGUAUAUCGUUGGUGUUGCUAUGCGCCUGGCCGUUGACCUUGGCCUUCACUAUGAGGAUGGCUCUGGCAUUGAAAAUGUUCCUGAUGGGCGUGAGGUAAUCAAUAACGGGGCGGAUAGCAAACCACCUAAACCUAUCAAUGCCAAAGAGAGAGGCCGACGUGAAUGGGUUCGCGAUCUUCGCCGUCGGCUCUGGUGGUGCACCUACACGUUCGACCGUCUAGUCAGCACGUGUGUAGGUCGACCAUUUGGAAUCACCGACCAAGUGGUCACAACGGAUUUUCCUUCUCUCCUAGAUGACAAAUAUAUCACAAGAGGUGGAUUCCUUCAACAGCAGAUGCCAGCCAACGAACCUACCUACAAGUGUGUUUCUCACCAUUAUUUCAGACUACGUCUCCUGCAAUCAGAAAUUCUUCAGGUGCUUCAGCAUCAGCAAGCACAGCAAGCACAUCACAACGGAAUGAACCGCCGCAACCAGUUCAUGCAUACCAAACUCCCCUCACCGUUUCUGAGCAAGUUUGAUUCCUUCCGCAGUUGGCGUCGAGAUAUAGAUCAGCGCCUUUACGAGUGGAAGCAGUCUGCUCCAGGGCCUCGUGAGACUGGGGUCGGAUUUUCUGUGCAGUUUCUAGAAUUGAACUACUGGCAGGCAGUCAUCAUGCUUUAUCGGCAAAGUUUGAGUGUGCCACCGCCUUUGGCCAACGAAUUGAGUCCGACCGAGGAUGUCUCCAGUCCAUCGAGCGUGCGAACGGAAGAGAAAGAAGAUGAAGACCUGGUGUUUCUCAAAUGCGCCGAAGCAGGACAAAAGACAUUGAAACUCUACAGACAACUUCAUCGGCUGCGACUAGUGAACUACACAUAUCUGGCCACUCACCAUUUGUUUAUGGCAGGCAUUUCGUUCCUCUAUGCAGUGUGGCAUUCCCCGGCGGUCAGGGCAGGUUUGACACUCGAUGACUUUGACUGGACCGUCCUGUCUGCGACUUCAGUUCUCGGAGAUCUGAUGGAGAAAUGUCCUCCUGCCGAGGCCUGUCGAGAUGCAUUCGAACGAAUGAGCAAAGCCACAGUACAGAUGUGCAUGUCAACACCUGGAUUCGGAUUCUCGGCAGAACAUGAUGAUGUACGAGCUCCACUUUCCAGACAACCGAGCUUACAGAGUCCGACCGUGGCGAUGACUAUCGACUCAUAUCCUCAAUUGGCGCCUAGACCACCGGUAAAGCGUCCACCACCCAAGUUUGAUAUGGACCUUCGAGAACUUUUCCCAGAAGACUUGGAACCCAACGUUCGGCCGUCUCAGUCUUUCCCACAUCAAUUUCCAGGGAUGCAACGUAUGCAGACCCAGACACAACAUCAAUCCCUCCAAAGGCAGGCACCCUUCCAAUCGAUGCCGCCACCACAACACUCUUCACCUUCUCAACAGUCACGCCAACUUUCAAACACGUCCAAUAUCAAUUCACAGCUCAAUUCUGGCCUUGGUCUUGCCAGUGGACAACAGACAGCCACGGAUUCUUCGGGAAUGGCUUUCAAUCAACAGCAACAGCCGUUCUAUAUGCAUAAUACUUACAACCCAGAUUUUAUGUCAUCACUCCCAGGAAUGGAUUUCUUGAACAACGCGGUAGGAAGCGCAACAGGUGGACCAGGUGAUGAUUUCAACUUCGACACUAACGGGCUCGACCUUGGUUUCGGCAUGGGGUUGGAUCUGCAACAUGACUGGUCCGACGGCCAGCAGUAUGAUUUGUUCGAUGGUUUCUUCUUUGGCAAUAAUGCUGUUGCAAAUGGAGCCGGGAAUGGAUUUGGUGGUGAGGGAGAGAUUAAAGAAGAGGGCAGUGGCACCUGGGCUGGUGACUGA